CGCAGCAUUCUGAGUAUAUUCGCCUCUAACGGCCACAUUUUUGCGCAAUCUCACUCUCUCCACGUUUCAACAGCACUGGAUACUCCCAAGACGACGACGACCUGAUAACUCUCUUUUGGUCAUAUGGCAGGCUCCGAUGGCAGCGUAGAUGCCGAAGCCGGGUUGCAAACACCGAGAGCACAGACAACCUCCACCUCGGCAUCUUCUGCUGCCCGGAAAGCUCGCCGCUACGGAUUCGCGUGCUCAAGCUGCAAAGCUCGCAAGGUCAAGUGCAGUGGAAAUCGGCCCAUCUGUACGGGAUGCCGUCGGUCCGGGGAGACAUGCAGCUGGCCGACGCAGACCUCGACGGAGUCUCGACUGCGAGAAGCAAAUGCCCGUAUCCGGAAUCUAGAGGCCUCAAUCAGGAGUCCGAAUCAGUCUUCAAAUGAGCCUCAGCCAGAACUCGAAACGCCUGAUACCGACGCUACGAAUGCUGGCACAGUUCGCAGCCACCCGUUAUCUCAUGAUGGCAGUCGCUCUGCUGAAGCCGAUGCAGACACUGAGGGGUCACUUUGGUUCCAGGUCGGCCUUGGAGAAGAUGGUACUGUCAUCUACAAUGGCCCGACAAGUCGCUUUCAUGCUGGCUCCCUCGAGGAAACCCACUUGACCGGCGAGCAUCUGGAUAGCGACCCCAAGCGAGCACAAGUAGAAGUUCUACAGUCUCAGUAUGCUCUGAUGGACUCUGUAUGGCUGCCCCUCAUCGCUGCGAAACCAGCAAUGAACGGUACCGGCAUUGACACCACUCUCGGCAUGGCUCUGCUUGAUAUUUAUUGGACGUGGCUGCAUCCACUUCAUAGCUGUGUCUACAGACCUAUCCUGAUGAUGGAUUUGGCUCUCGGGGGGCCAUAUUGCACCGAUUUCUUGCUCCUAUGCAUCUUCGGUCUGGCAGCUCGGCAUCUGCCAGAGCAAGUCACCGGGGCAUCUGGGGUCGGGAGAGGCGAUCAUUUCAUAUCACGUGCAAGAGAGCUAUUACUAGAGGAGAUGACGGCCAUGAAGCCAGCAAUUCCUACGAUUCAGGGGUUGCUGAUUCUAGGUGGGCGCCAGUGUGCAAUGGGCAAAAGCUCCGAGGGCUGGUUAUACACCGGUAUGGCGGUGCGAAUGAUGAAGGAUAUUGGCCUUCAUCUAGACAUCACUAAGCUUUCCAGGCUUGAGAGAUGGACUCCUGCUGAGAUAGAGACUCGAAAGAGGCUAUACAACUCGGCUUAUAUCUGGGACAAGACACUGAGCCUAGCCUUAGGUCGCCCGCCAUCUCUAAUACGACGUCCUUACCCAGCUCAGGAUAUUCUGGACAAAGUUGAUGAUCAACGCUCAUGGAAACCCGUCCAGGCUACUGAAGUCUCCGAGAACUUCGUUGCAUCGGCCUCCUGGACGACGUCAACAUUCUGUGCAUUUUGCCGGCUUCACGAAGCUACAACUGAUAUGAUGUUAUUAUUCUCAAAUACCAGCCGGAAUGAAGAGUUCAUUACACAGAUGGAGGAGCUCGAUGGCAGGAUAUGCCAGUGGUAUGAUGAAAUGCCGAGUCCGUUAAGGAUUGAGGAUGCAUCCACGUUGGAUCAAAGCCCUCCACCACAUAUUGUGUCUCUGAACCUCCUCUAUCAUGCUUUACAUAUACUCUUGAGAAGGCCCUAUCUGAGCUCUUCGGAUACCGCGAUCAAGGACAGAGCGCUCGAGGUCUGCGUCCGCCAUUCAAAGAAGAUUCACUCAAUUCACUCGCUAUUCUCAACGACAUUUCCUCAUCGACUGAUGACGUACCAGCUUAGUUACUGCAUAUACACAGCUGCUACAGUCGAGGCCGAAGAGCUUAAGAGAGCAUCUACGGGUACCGGAAGAGAAAGUGCGGCAGCCAGACUCGCAGCCGCGUGUCGUAUACUCCAGCAAGAGGCUUCUCAUACCCCAGGGAGCGGACGGAGUCUCGACACUAUUCGCCGACUAUUGAGCAAUGGGCAGCCACGAGUUGUAGGCGUUAGUAGUAGUCUUGAGCGCGGACAGAAUUCUGUCUCGAAUCCCGCUGAUAGUUCCCAUCAACUCGAUCCGCGUCAGACGAGGUCGUUGAACCCGGAUAUUGGUGGUGUGCAAAGAGGCAACCUGGGUCGUCACAUAACUUCAACUAGAAAUCAUGCAAUGGCACACAACGCCUCACAGCUUACUUCUGCCGUCAAUCCGGAAGUAGAUGAUAAUGCGUUCUUCACAGAGGGGGCUGGCUGGAAUAGUGAUAUUAGUUACGGUGGAACGAAUACGGGGGCCGGAUUUCAACCGGACGCAUUCCCAUGGGGAGUUGCAGAUCAUAUCUUGGGCGGUUCCGGCAUGGCGUUCUCCGGCACAAAUCUCGUAUGGCCAUCAGGUUCUCACCUCGACGGCUUUUGAGAUAUAUCCAUGUAGCGGUGUUAGUAAUAUAAUUGGUGAUGCAACAUUGAAUCCAUAGUCCAUGGAAAGGGUAUGAGCCGGUGGGACACCAGUAGGCUUGCCGGUCUCCAUGGC